AGAUAUUUUAAAAAAUCCCAUGUGUCCGAUAACACUGAGGGUGCAGUGCAGUGUAGGUACAUUGGGGUACAUCGUAAAGGUACAGUUGCAGUGGCUUAAAAUUAUCACCAGUUGUAUACAAGGGCACCACGACACAUCUGUCUGACCGAGAAGAAUCGUAAGGAUGCUUCUGCCCGCUGUCUGCCUGCUUUUGUUGUCAACGGAAGCAAAUGCGGUUAAGGAUAGCUGUUUAGACAGUGAGGACUACUCAGGAUCAGCUUGCGACCGACAUUCAUUAUCAGUGAGUAGGAGCCUGUCCUUUCUGCUGGAUGAUGUUACCUUCACAGAAGAGCAUCUGCAGGCUGCCAGAAGGCUGCUGAAGCAAGUGCCUCUAACAGAUGGGCACAACGACCUGGCAUGGCAUCUCCUGAUAGACUUUGAGGGCCAGAUGUCUGGCUGGGACCUGAGUAAAAAUAUGUGGGACUAUUUUCUGCCGCGAGCCAAACACCCUAGUCAGACGGAUAUUCCGCGGAUACGUGAAGGGCUCCUAGGAGCACAGAUGUGGUCCGCGUACUCCGACUGCCGUUCCCAGUACAAAGACGCAGUCACCCGAGGCUUGCGGUCAGUCGACCUGAUCAAGCGCUUUACUCGGAAAUAUAGUGACUUCUUCGAGAUGGUGACGACCGCCGAUGGCAUACUCGAUGCCUUUCAUCUCGGCAAGUUUGCUUCACUCAUCGGUCUUGAAGGAGGGAAUCUCAUUGACAGCAGUUUGGCAGUCCUGCGGACACACUACGAGCUGGGGGUCCGUUACAUGACGUUAACGUGGAGCUGCAACACACCGUGGGCUGACAACUAUUUAUGUACUCGCUACAAUACACCUGUCUGGCACGGCUUGUCACCAUUUGGGGAACGCGUCGUCCGCGAGAUGAACCGACUGGGAAUGAUGGUCGACCUGUCUCACGUGUCCGUGGAAACCAUGUACGACGCCCUCAACAUCUCAGUCGCCCCCGUCAUCUUCAGCCACUCUUCCGCCUUCGCCAUCUGCCCUCAUCGCCGCAACGUCCCUGAUGAUGUCCUGGCCUUGGUGCGCGACAAGGGGGGCAUCAUCAUGGUCAACUUUUAUCCCGACUUCAUCAACUGCACCGUCGACACCGUGUACGGCAACGACAACAGGACGGCGUCUAUCAGUCAAGUAGCAGAUCACCUGGACCACAUCAAGUCUAUCACUGGCCCUGAUCACAUCGGGCUGGGGUCUGACUUUGACGGGGCAGACCAUGUCGGCGGUCUGAAGGAUACAUCGACCUACCCGUAUCUCUUUGCUGAGCUCUUACGUCGACGCUGGAGUGAGGACGACCUAGAAAAACUGGCCUUCUGGAACUUCUAUCGGGUCUUCAAAACUGUCGAAAAGGUUCGUGAUGCAAAGAUAAACGAAGACCCAGACGACAGCCUGAUUGAUCCGAGAGACAUUCCCGACCACGCAUGUCUUAGUCAGGGCUGGGAAAGUUAAAGACCAUUUAACGUUGUGUUAUUUUAACAUCUGGUGCUGAACGAUUGGACAGGAAUGCCAUCUUCACUUCCUACCGAACUUUUUAGUUACAAGAUUGUUUGGACUACGGAUUGUCUUAAGUACAAGAGGCAUAAAGUUCUAACUCCCGAGAGAGGCGCCCACCCACGUCUUGCAUCUGUGUCAGCGUACUGGGCCAUUCUAAAAGUUUUAACUUUCUAAACUGUCCAUUUUCAAAUCACAUUACUCUUUCCGAAAUUGAUAUUUUAACUCAGAAUAAGCACCACUAUUCUCAGCAAGCUAAUAAUAGCGUGAUGUCAUUGCAUUUAUUCGAUUUGCAUAAAAUCUGAAUCUCGGAUUCCAAUAAACUUUGUCCACCUUUUCC